CAGACUCCCCGGGACCACUUCAAUUUACUUUUAUCGGCUGAAGAUCACUUGGUCGCCGCCGUGCCUCUCGGUCACUCGCUUCCCGAAAAAAGAAGAAGAAGAAGAAGAAGAAGAAGAAGAAGAAGUAGAAGUAGUGGGGCCACGCGCGGCACAUUCGGAGGAGAUUUCAGGAGGUCUCGUGUUCCUCUUCUGGGGCUCAUUCCUGCUCCGGUUCCCCUUCCUUCUCUGCCUUCGCGUCGGACGCGUUCAGCCAUCUGAAAGGGGGCACCUACGUUUCCCCCGCAGCAUCUCCACACGUAUAGGCAAAUGGAGCAAACCUAUGGAGAGGUGAACCAAUUAGGCGGCGUGUUCGUCAACGGGCGACCCCUGCCCAACGCCAUACGGCUAAGAAUAGUGGAGCUGGCCCAGCUCGGGAUCAGACCCUGCGACAUCAGCCGGCAGCUGCGAGUCUCGCACGGCUGCGUGAGCAAGAUCCUGGCGCGGUACAACGAGACGGGCUCCAUCUUGCCCGGCGCCAUCGGUGGCAGUAAACCGCGGGUCACGACGCCUAACGUGGUGAAAAAUAUCAGGGAAUACAAACAAAAUGACCCCGGGAUCUUUGCCUGGGAGAUCCGGGACAGGCUUUUGGCGGACGGGGUCUGCGACAAGUACAAUGUGCCGUCGGUGAGCUCGAUCAGCAGGAUUUUACGCAACAAGAUCGGGAAUCUUUCUCAGCCCAGCCAGUACGAGGGCGGCAAGCAAGCGUCCGCGCAGGCCGGGCUCUCCUACAACCACAUUUACCCGUACUCCUACCCCAACACCAUGUCGCCCAAGAUGAGCAGCCCCCCCGGAGUACCGGUGACGGCCGGACACAUGAGCAUAUCCAGGGCCUGGCCCUCUGCGCACACCGUCAGCAACAUCCUGGGCAUACGAGCCUUCAUGGAUCCCGCAGCCCUCGCUGCGACGGAGGGAUAUCCACCAAAAAUGGAGGAGUGGAGUAGCGUCAACAGAGCAGCCUUCCCAGGGGCGCACACAGUCAACGGGAUCGACAAGUCAGCCAUCGACGCCGACAUAAAAUACGCUCAGCCUUCCUCCACGCUGUCCAGCUAUGUCUCGGCGUGUGCGUACUCUCCCAACAACCAGUACGGUGUGUACAGCGGGUCAGCGGGCGGCUACGUGUCGCCGGGACACCACCACUGGCAGGCGCAGAGCCCGGCCCUGUCCCACCCGGGAGGCGGCAUGGGCAUGCACGCAGGGGAGAUCCACUCGGCGAUGGCCUUCAAGCACCAGCAGGCCCGAGAAGGAGACAGAAAACCGCCCAGUCCCCUGAGCAAGCAGCAGCAGCAGCAGCAGCAGCAGCAGCAGCACGAAGACUUGAACAGUGUGCAUGGACUCAGUCUCCCUACCUCGUCGUCAUAACCGGGACUUACACCACAGUAAUUACCAGACCCGUCUAAAUGAACUCAUGUCAACAGCUCCUACAGUAAGUCUGAACUCUAACAGCCCCCCUCCCCUCCCCUCCCCCCCAGGGUGCUGUAACUCACAAGUCAAACACAGGCCUAUUCACAUGCAUUAUGAAUACAGUAUACUGUAGCUUUAUCGGCCUUCGUGGCCACAUGAAUGUAAGCUUGCAUGGAUGUAUCGGUGUCUCCCCCCUCAUUGGUUGAUAGACUUUUUUCUUCAUUGGAAUAAUUCGUGUUUCUAAAGACUGUAUAUGGAGACUGCAGGAUGAAAAAAAGAAUUCAGUCUGUCAUCGAUGUUUUAUUAAAAAUGAAAAAGAAACCAAGGGCUAUAUUCUGUAACCUGACAUAUAUCACAAUAACAUGUGGCCAUGCACGAUCUCGAUCCUAUACAGUGACAAAAACCAUGUGAACAAACGUGUAAAUUGUCUAAAUGUAAAAUAUUUGCCAAAGCUUUAAUUAUAUAUUUUUAUAAUUCCAUUGUAAAUAUUCAAAAUAAAUAAAAAAUAAAGGCUUUUUUUUCAUUAAA